CAUGGAGCUGAACCGGCGGCUGCUGCUGGCUCACUGCGCGGCUCACGGCCUCUCCAUCGCGGCGGGGCUGCUGGUGGUCGUCCCGAUGGCUCUCAACGGCUCCGCCUUCAAAGGCCGCUGCGCCCUGUUCUCCUCGGGCUACUGGAGGACGGAGAACCGGGCGGAGCGGACGGGAGAGCCCGGGGAGCUGGCCCACCUGGUGGUGCAGAAGUGGGGCCCGCCGGAAGCCUGCCAGUUCGCCACGUUCGUGGGCAUUUUCACGGUGCUGUACGGGGCCGCGCAGGGCUGGAGGUGCCUCUUCUAUCUGCACGGACGACAUGACGACACCCUGUUUUCAUCCUUCCUCACCGUCCUCAUGAGUGUGUGUGUCCUCUUCCUGUCCGGAGGGGCCAGCAUCAUCUUGUCUCUGGGGUUCAGCUCCUGGUGUGACACGGUUACCGAUGACAACGCACGACCAUACAGCUGUGCAGAGUCUCAGUCAGUCCCGCUUUACCUCGACGUGAACACUUCCACUUUCUUCACUGAUCUCAGUCUGGCUCAGGCGUCUCUGUGGUGCGUGACGGCCCUGUGGCUCGUCCAGUCCAUCCUGGCCUUCCUGCGGCUCUACCACUCUCACAACCAGCACAUGACCGGACCGUGGCUGCACCGAGACAAGGAGCUGCUGCUGGGCCGCAGCCUGUCCGACUGCAGAUCUGCCUCGCCUCCUCAUCCUCCGGCAACUCCAACCGUCUUAGUCUGACUUAAAGAGAGGGAGGUAGAGAGACACUCCUCCACGAUUUAACUUUAAACCUAAUUUUGUUCACUUGGAUCUCUUGAUUAUAUUCACUACACAGUUUUAUUUUAAUAAUCAGCACUUCUCAUUCAGUAAGAUUUUAAAAAACUGAACAACAGAAGUACCAGCUGCGUUGGAGUUUGUCAAUAACUUCUUAAGUAUCGACAAUUUAAUGUUUGCAUUUCCCUCAGAAAACGAAUAUCGGUCAGGUUACAUUAAAUAUUGAUGGAUCGCUGUCUUUAUAUAAUGUGAUGUCAACAGCUAAAAUUUAGGAUUUACAUAAUGCGAAUUGGGAAGAAAAAAAAAUUUUUUUUAACUAGUUUUUGUACAACUAUCUGUAAACAUGAAUUAUCACAAUUAAAAUCAGAAUAUUUAGAGUAAAGAGAGCCUCGAACGCAGAUGACAGAUCAAAAUAGUUUUAACUAUAUUAGUACUGCGUGACAUUUGUUUUGUUGGAAAAGAAAACUUAUAAGAUG